UUGCGUAGCGCCACCCCCAGGGUCACGUCAUGGGGGCGGGGCCUGGCUGGCGGAUGUGUCAGUGUCUCUGACUUGUCUCUCGGUCAAUGUGUGAGGAGGAGCCGUGAGGUGACCGCGGGCGGAGAGGUGAGCGGCCGGGGCACACAGCCAGGAUCCUCAGGGGACAGCAGUUUUGAACACCUCCAAAAUGGACCACAGUCAUCACGCGAUGCCCACAUCCGAUCCGCACGCCGGUCACCAUGACCCAACCACAGCUGGACACGACCACGAUAUGGGUGGCGGCAGCGGUGGCAGCAUGCACAUGAUGCCAAUGGUGUUUUACUUUGGGUAUGAAAACGUGGAGCUGCUCUUCAAGGGGCUGGUGAUCAAUACAGCAGGAGAAAUGGCCGGAGCCUUUGUGGCAGUGUUUCUAUUGGCCAUGCUGUACGAGGGGCUGAAGAUUGCACGGGAAUCAUUGCUUAGGAGGUCACAAGUCAGUAUCCGUUAUAACUCCAUGCCAGUGCCGGGGCCCAACGGGACCACCUUGAUGGAGACUCACAAAACCGUGGGCCAACAGAUGGUGAGUUUACCGCAUGUUUUCCAGACUUUUCUCCACGUCGUCCAAGUGGUCAUCAGCUACUUUCUCAUGUUAAUAUUCAUGAGUUACAACGCAUAUCUGUGCAUCGCCGUGGCGGCUGGUGCGGGAACCGGAUACUUCCUGUUUAGCUGGAAGAAAGCGGUGGUAGUUGACAUUACUGAGCACUGCCAUUAACGACUAACCCCAAGAGUCUGGAUGAUGGGAUAUAACCUGUGACGCUGAAGUCUCUUCAGAAGAGGCCAUAAAUGAUUUUUAUAACAAAUUCCUAUGAUGCCUUUUUUUCUGUUUUUGAUACCGCGUCUGCAAAUUGACACCAUCUGAUGUCUUCGUAGUUAAAUAUUUCCAGUCUCGCCAUCAGUUCUGCCUUGACCUCACCAAUCAUCGGACUUUGCAAGAAGAAUCUUUUGACGAUAUCUCUUCCAUGAGAACUUCAGCCACCGAACAUGUUCCUCUGACUGUACUACCCCCAGGCACCAAGCAGUUUCAAUUAACAAGUGGGACUUGUCGAAUUCGACAAUUAUGUAAACUCCAAGUUAAUAGUUCAUAGACGUGAAGAGUUGAUAGUAGAAUUGGUGUAUUAUCAAUAGACUGAUGUUUACGGUGUUCUGAAGGCCAAUGAGACCUUUAAACCUAUUUAGAUCCAUGUAUAAUCAGCGCAACCUAUUAAUAAUUAUAACGACUCUCGUUCCCAUUGAAUCACUACACAAUAUACAUCUUGUAGAUUCCAGAAAUAGAUUGUUCUGCACAAAUCUCGGUGCAGUGUCUGUCCUAUCACAGGACCGCCGAUCAAUGGGUUCGUUAACUAAAUCUUGCUUAACCUAAAGUGUGUGGUCCAUGAGAAAUACAUGUUUUAAGUGAUUUAAAAAUAUUUAGUAAUCAGUUUUACUUUGCACUCCGCGGUUGUGCUGGGAGAUAAAUUGCCUGGCAUGUGGCCACCCCCCCAUUGUGUACCCCUACCCUAAAAAGGUGCUUUUCUACCCCGCUCUUACUCGGAGAUUCUCAUUACUCAUUUGGAAAUUAGCUGCAGUAUUUAAGUCAUUGUGAAUGACUUUAAUAUAGAUUGCAUAAAACUACAUUUUGACCCUUUUUUUAAUUUAAAAUCUUAUUUUAUGCAUAUUUUUUAUUUUUGUGAAACACAAUUUAAUUGUAUAAUAGUGAUAAUAUAGUAAUAGCGGAAACGUUGGAGAAUAUUCGAUCCUUUUAAUAAAAUAUCGAUAGUAAA